AUGGGGUUCAGAUGGAAGAAGUGCGGGUCGAAAAGAAAACUGCUUAUUGAAAGGCCUGACAUUGUCAACUGGAGAUUCGAGUAUCUGCGAAACAUUAAGAAGUGCCGAGACAAUAAGAAGAAGAUAUUUUACCUGGAUGAGACGUGGAUUGACUCUAACCUAACGUUUCAAAGGUGUUGGCAAAGUCUUGAAGUGGAUGGAGUAUUGCCGGACAUGAACGCAGCAAACCGCGUGAUCGUUGUGGACAUAGGAUCUCAGGAUGGCUUUUUGAAAGGUGGUCGCCUCAUCUACGAAGCUAACUGUUCCACGGGAGACUACCAUGGACAGAUGAAUGGUGUGAACUUUGAAAAGUGGAUAAAAGAGCGUGUGCUGCCAAAUCUACCUGAUGAUUCUGUUUUAGUGAUUGAUAACGCGCCUUAUCACGGGGAACAGGUAGAUAAAGUACCCAGUAAAAGGGCUACAAAACGCGUCAUGAUAGAGUGGCUGCAAAGACAUGGGGAAUCCUACGAUGAAAAGGCGACAAGAAAAGCAUUGUUGUAUGAAGCGGUUCAAAGAUUGAAGCCACCCAAAAAGAUCUACAAGAUUGACAACUUGCUGAAAGAAAAAGGUCAUAGUGUGUUGAGACUUCCACCCUACAUGUGCGACCUCAACGCUAUUGAGUUUGUCUGGGCUCAAGUGAAACAAUACGUUCGACACAACAAUGCUUCUGGUAGUUUGUCCUUACCGAAACUAUUAAAUUUGGCGACAACGGCACUGGACUCAGUGACUCCUGCUAAGUGGAAAAAUUAUUGUGACCACGUGCAGCACAUUGAACAGGAGUACUGGGAGAAGGACGGCAUCACGGAAGACGCAAUAGAUGAGUUCGUCAUACGACUAGGCGAAGAUGACGAUGAUAGUUCCAGCUCUGACAGUUCGGAUGACCCUAGUGACCCUGAGUCUGAUGAAGAAUUAGCAUUACCAUUGCCGAUGGACACUGAUACAAGCACAGAGAACAAAAUGUUUUCUAAAUGA